UUUUUGCUUAAUUUUUGCGCAAUGUUAUUUUUAAAUUCAAAUCUGUUUUCGAUCUAGCUCAGUCAUGUUGGUAAUGAAGCUUUGACGAGGAUUAUCUUCAUCUCUAGCACCUGGUGAAAGCAGUUUAGGGAGUAUGGAGUUGGUUACUGAAGAUUGAAAGGAGUUAUAUUUUUUUGUGGGAAGUGUCUAGAUGAAAGUUGAUAGCGAUGGCGACAAAGGGUUACGAGAACUAAAUCAUCAGCUGUGUGAUGGUAACAAGAGAUCUACAAAUGGAGUUGUGACUGAGGAACAUGUGACGCUAGAAGGAGAUGAGCUGAAAGUUAAUGAGAUUGCACAAAAUGUAAAUGAUGGUCACGUUGGGGCUGUUCAGGCCCCUGCUGUGCUGCAAAUACCACAGCAACAGCCUCAAAAUGCAAUGGUUUGUUGGGAGAGGUUUCUGCAUCUCAGAUCACUUAAGGUUCUGCUUGUAGAAAAUGAUGAUUCUACUCGCCAUGUUGUCACUGCACUUCUGCGCAAUUGCAGUUAUGAAGUUAUUGAAGCUGCAAAUGGACUGCAAGCAUGGAAGAUACUAGAAGAUUUGACCAAUCAUAUUGAUCUUGUACUGACUGAGGUGGUUAUGCCUUGCUUAUCAGGCGUUGGUCUUUUGAGCAAAAUUAUGAGCCAUAAAACACAAAAAAAUGUUCCUGUAAUCAUGAUGUCUUCUCAUGAUUCAAUGGGUCUAGUCUUUAAGUGUUUGUCAAAAGGUGCUGUUGACUUUUUAGUCAAGCCUAUUCGAAAGAAUGAGCUUAAGAACCUUUGGCAGCAUGUUUGGAGGAGAUGCCAUAGUUCUAGUGGUAGUGGAAGUGAGAGUGGAACACAAACUGAAAAAUCUGUGAAAUCGAAAAGUGCUGAGAAGUCUGACAACAACACCGGCAGCAAUGAUGAGGAUGAUAAUGGGAGCAUUGGUUUAAAUUUUGGGGAUGGCAGUGAUGAUGGGAGUGCCACUCAGAGUUCUUGGACGAAGCAAGCCGUAGAAGUUGACAGCCCUCGUCCAGUCUCACCCUGGGAUCGAGUUGCUGAGUGCCGUGAUAGUACAUGUGCCCAAGUUAUCCAUUCAAAUGCAGAUCUAUCGGGAAACAAAUGGGUGCCAGUGACUGCAGCAAAGGAGUGCAAAGAACAAGAUGAACAGCUUGACAAUGUUGCAAUGGGUAAAAACCUGGACAUAGGCAUGCCUAGAAAUGUAGAUUUACAACUAGAGCAUCCAGUUGAGGUCCCAAUCAAAGCAAUUGGGACAAAACAAAUUAACCUUCUCGAGAUGGGCUUCAGUAAAUUCAAUGAACAGAUAGAUAAUAGGAAGUUGGACCUCAAUAGUGAAACCCCAUCAAGCAAAGUAAAGUCUGAAGCUCCUAAUCAAACUGGCAUCAUCUCGGAGACUACUGAUCUUCAGAAGGAAAGUGCAGAUUAUGAGGCUUCAAACAGACUUUCCAAGAUCACAGAUAGCAAUGAUAAAAAUAUCAAUGAUUCUAAAGAACUACCAUCUGUUGACCUUGGGUUGAAGAGACUUAGGGGAGUUAAAGAUGCUGGGACUGCGUUUAGGGAUGAGCGUAACGUUUUGAGACGUUCUGACUCUUCAGCCUUCUCAAGGUAUAAUACAGCAUCGAAUGCAAAUAAGGUUCCCACUGUCAACAUUGGAAGCUCGUCUGCACUUGACAAUAAUAUAGAAGAGACAAGAAAAGGAUCAGCAUGUGAUGUUCGAUUUCAUUUGCUUAAUGAACCUCCCAAUCAAUGCUCAAAUGUUGGUAGCAACAACAUAGAUAUGGGCUCCACAGCAAAUAAUGCUUUUGCCAAGCCAGCAGUUUUGAAGAAUAAGUCAGCUGCAUCAUCCAUUGUCAGAUCUUCACAUCCAUCCUCUACUUUCCAGCCUAUGAAAAAUGACCUAAGUGCUAGUCAGAAAGUUGUAUUAGACAAGGCUGAUGAUGUAAAUACUACAGCAGGGCUGGCUCAACCUAGAGGGACUCACCAAGAACUCCAAAUGCAACACUUCCCACACCAUUAUGAUCACCAUCACCAUCUCGCUCGUGGUAUACAACAGCAGCAACAGCCACCUGAACAUAAUGAUUUAUCAUUAAAAAAAAUGGCUGCAGAUGCUCCUCAUUGUGGGUCGUCCAAUGUGUUGGGUGGGCCUGUUGAAGGAAAUGCUGGCAACUACAGUGUCAAUGGAAGUGCCUCAGGUAGUAACCAUGGAAGCAAUGGGCCAAAUGGAAGUAGCACUGCAGUCAACACUGUAUGGACAAACAUAGAAAGUGAUAAUGGGAUAGCUGGGAAAAGCGGAAGCGGUGAUGCAAGUGGUAGUGGGAGUGGGAGUGGGAGCGGGGUAGACCAGAGCAAGUCUGCUCAUAGAGAAGCUGCAUUGACUAAAUUUCGUCAGAAGAGGAAAGAGAGAUGCUUCCGGAAAAAGGUUCGGUACCAAAGCAGGAAACGACUAGCAGAACAACGACCUCGCAUCCGAGGGCAAUUCGUGAGACAAACAGCAAACAACAACGACCCUGCACCCGAGGGCAAUUCAUGAGACAAACAGUGAACAGGAACACAAGCAGAACAAGAGAUAACAAAUUAAACCGUCUCGCUGGUAGUGCAACAAGAUUUGGUCCACUCAUUAUGGGAAGACUUUUGACGUAGCCUCUUUGAGAAAUGUUAGACAUGAUGAACUGUACUUUAUUGACGUAGACCUUUCUCUUUUUUUCCUUCCUUUUUAACUUCUUGUUGUGGACUUAAAAUUGUGAUCUAGGGGAACCGGAGAAGGUUAGAAGACUUCUACAAUAAGACCCCAUUUCCAUUUCGUGUGCUGGAUUCAUGGACAUCAGUGAACACUAGGGUGAAUUUGAGAACCUUUGAUCAUGUUCUAUUGGUUAGUUUCUGAAGUUUCUUAAUCCAGAUUUCCUUCUGAAAAGUAUCCUAUGUUUGGUAUUGAAGACUUUUGGGCAGUGCGCUUGGAAGGGUUCAGCUUGAAUAACCAACAUCGGAAAAAGGCCAAAAGUUGUUUGGUCAAUUUAUCAAGUAAAGGAAGCAUUUAUGA